CAGUGAUAGAUAGUUCUCCCGCACUCAGCUUUGGUCUUCGCCACCACAUUUAAAGGAAAAAAAAAUCCGUUUGUUUCUCUCUCUAGAAUCGCCGCCUAGGAUGUCGGACGAGGAGCAUCACUUCGAGUCGAAGGCCGACGCCGGCGCAUCGAAGACCUAUCCCCAGCAGGCCGGAACUAUCCGCAAGAACGGUUACAUUGUUAUCAAAGGCCGCCCCUGCAAGGUUGUGGAAGUUUCAACUUCCAAGACCGGAAAGCACGGUCAUGCUAAAUGUCACUUUGUUGCAAUCGACAUCUUCACUUCCAAGAAGCUCGAAGAUAUUGUCCCCUCUUCCCACAAUUGUGAUGUUCCACAUGUUAACCGUACUGACUACCAGCUUAUCGACAUCUCUGAGGAUGGAUUCGUGAGCUUGCUGACUGAUAAUGGUAGCACUAAGGAUGACCUCAGGCUUCCAACUGAUGAUGCUCUCCUUACUCAGAUCAAGGAAGGGUUUGCUGAGGGGAAGGACCUUGUUGUGAGUGUUAUGUCUGCCAUGGGAGAGGAACAGAUCAAUGCCCUCAAGGAUAUUGGUCCCAAGUAGAGGUUCCCUUCUACUUGUGGGAUCAGUCGAUUGAUGGUUUUAUAUUUAAAAUGAGACGACAUGAAUUUUAUAGAUUAGUGAAUGAUGGGAGGGACUAUUUGCCAUCGUAUUAUUCCGGUUUUUCGAGACUGGGAUAAUGAUGGUUUUAUGCCCUCGACUAUUAAGAAGACCGCUCUUCCUUUUACUGGGAUAAUUUGCUUUACUAUUUAUGUUUUAAGUAUUUUUCUUUUCUUUGAAUUACUCUUCUUUUUUUUCUUUGUUCCGUUUCCUAAAGAUGUUCGAAUCUCAUCUUGUUUAUUAUGGUGUGGGGAUAAAUUGAUAUGCUGCCAACUUUGGUAAAUUGUUAUUUUGUUUAUGGUGUUGGUUGGU